AUGCCUAUCACCCUUGAUGACAUCAACUUUUACCGUCGACCCCUCCCCGCUAAACCUCGUUCGUCUGCUUCUCCUACCUUCGGUUGGAAGCCGUACCAGCCUCCAGCUCCAAAUCCCCCUCCGUCCCUGUCACCUCCGCUCCCUCGCCCACCACUUGACCCACCGGGCUUGUCAGGGGUAGCGACCUACCAUUUGGAGUCGCAUAAUGAGAGUACUCUUACUCGUUUGGCCAAUACACAGGUGAUUCCGCCAACGCCAAGCGUUCCUUGUGGCUCCGACUAUCGCUCACCCCCGGUAGAUGCUCCAUAUAAUUCACUCCGCCCUGGUGACUCUUGGACUGGGAAUGAUUGGUGCAACAGAACAGGUGCCGGGGAUUCCGGGGGCGGUGCCGCACUUCACCAAGAUCAAUUGGAAAACCUUCAAGACGCGGCGACUACCACCCAGAGUGUCCAAACCGACAAACUACAUGCCCACGAGACAGAAACGGAGAGGCCCUAUGAGCGUGGUCGAGCACAUGCCUCCUGCCCAUCCAGGCAGCCAACGAGCUCUGAUAGGAACCCAAAAGUCCCAUCGCGACCUUCGCGCUCUCUCCGCUCCCGCACAAACCCGAAAUCGAGCAGAAUAGAGCGAUUGCCGUCUGUUUCCGUGGUCAUACCCGUCCAUCCACUAGGCAGAUUGACUACAACUACCACUCAAUCCCAUAUCACCCGAAGGCGACGUCGUCUUCAGGGUACUGAUGACCGCAGUGAUGAUCAUGAUUCGGCAGUGCAUGAGCUGUGCCAGGGUCGUCCUGCAACGACCAGCAGGUCUAAUAAUGAGGUGGAACAAAAUCUGCCGAAGAAAUACAAGACAACCAGACCGAAAAAGACAACGGGCGCCAAAUCGAACUGGAUCGAAGACGCUGUUGGAGGUUGUUUCGGUCGGGGUGUUUUCCGUAUUCAACCUUACGGUCCUCGCUAUGCGUAUUUCAUGGCUUUCCUUCCGGAUACCGUUCGACAUCCGUCGAAACCUUCGUCGGAAUUGCUACUUGAGAAGCCAUUACGUUCUGAUAGCCGUGGUCCAAGGGAACAAUCGCGGCCUCGACUUGUUGUCGGCAAGACAAGUCACAAGCGAGUUCCUUUUUCACCGGCAGAGACCCGGUUGUUGGUCGAGUUGAGAAGCCAGCGCAAGAUGCCCUACCGGGACAUCGCGGUGAGAUUCAAAACCGGAGCACGGCAUCUCUUCAGGUUCAUUACUAUAAGAAACGUAGUGGAGCUAUGGAUAAUAUUUGAAACCUCCCACGAAACGGGCGGCGCGGCUUAG